AGCAAACUGAAAACAAGCUAAAUCAAUAUUUGUUAUGACCACCUUUGCCUUCAAAACAGCACCAAUUCUCCUAGGUUCACCUGGACACAGCUUUUCUUGGUUGUUGGCUGAUAGGAUGUUCCAAGCUUCUUGGAGAAUUUGCCACAUUUCUUCUAUCUCAGUUGCUUCGGUCUCUUCAUGUAGUCCCAGACUAACUCGAUGUUCAGUGGGGGGCUCUGUGGGGGCCAUGCCAUCUGUUGCAGGGCUCCCUGUUCUUCUAUUCUAUUCUGUUUGCGAAAGUAAUGUUUGGGAGUCUAAAAUGUAUAUUUCCUAUUGAUACACUAAAGCUGAAGAUAUAAAUAACCAUCUUAAGACAAAUGCUUUUGUGAAACAUCUUAUGUGCCUAAGACUUUUGCAUAGUACUGGAUUUAUCCCCCCACCCCUUUUCCCUUUUCCUGACACACCCAAUUCAGGUCUUGGAGUCUCCACUAACGAGCUGAUUAGUUGAAUCAGGUGUGUUUGAUUAGGUAGAUAUCCAAAAUGUGUAAUGUUGGGGCAACAGGGUUGAGAACCACUGAUUUAAAUAAUAGGCUAUGUUUACAUAUGAGUUACUUAACAUGAAACGAUAAGAGUAAAGCCAGGUAAUGGGAUACUAAAAAAUGUGUUCAACUCAAUACGGCUUAUUCAAGUCAUAUCCUUUCAACAAGAAGUCUCAUGACAAUUCGUAAUAAAUUGUACAAGAUGGCGAAAUCGUAAGAUCUCUUACGACUUUGCUUAAAUGCUUGAUAUUUGUUUUAUAUUCAAAAAUAAUUGUGUUUAUGCUAGCUAUUAAAUUAACACUGGCAUGACAAAGAAGGUGGCUAUUUAAUUUCAAAAACGCUAAAAAUGUAAUUUCCACCAUACAAUUCGAUUACCCUUGUUUAUCUGGAUGUUUCGACAAACAUUAUAACAUACCUCAGGUCUUUAGCGACUUGGCAUGUAUAUCUAUCAUAAAUGGAGCUACAAAAUGCCCAGGCAGUGUACAAUUUUCAAAACAUUUUUAAGACAGUUAGAAAAUAAUACAUUGAAAUAUAUUAUGAUAUAUUUAGAUGUUUCAUUUUUCAUUUAUCAAAGAGAUGAUGCAACAAAUAUAGACCAGGAUUCAUUACUUCCACUCUGAAAUAUCAUGUGACCCAACUGGCUGUCAAACACAUAAUGAGCUACACAUAACACAUAAUCAACACAAAAGCUACACUUAUGUAUUUUCUCAGGCACUUUUUGAGUCUAAAUAGAUGCACAAUUUACAUAAUUCACACGCAAAUGACAAUAGCCAAAUCAUAUGGUUCAUGUGUUACACUUGCUAUAGUUUACUUCCAUGUUGCUUCUUCAUCAAAUUGCAAUGUCAAAUGUAAAUCAAGUCAGUCACUGAAACAACAGCGCCACCUUGAGUAAGAAAUGGCAUUUAUAAUAUGUGUACAUGCAUAUGAGAUACUGAUAAUUCACCAUUGUCACAAAGAAAAUCUGUGAUAUAGUAUUCAUUUGUAUUAAUGUAGUACUGAUUUGUACUGUAAUAAAAAGAUAUAUAUCCUAUGAUAGUAAACUUAUAUGGAUAUGAAAUAAUCAUAAAAAUAUAAUUUAUGGAAGCACGGAAAAAAAAGUGACACUAUUACAUAUCUGGGGUCUUUAAUGACCCUAUACACUUUUGGUUAUUAAGCAUUUAUAUAUAUAUAAGUAAAGACCUGAGGUAUGCAUUAAAGGGUUAAACGCAUUACGGAAUUUGAAAACGACACUCUGAUGGGAAUUUCCAUGACUUUCAGAGAGAGAGAAAAAAAGACAAAAACUACAUAAAUAUUUUCUAAAAUGUGGAAAGUAGUAAUAGUAAUAAUACAUAUUGCGUAAGUGUGCGUCCAAACUUUUGACUGGUGGUGAAGCUAAAUGAAUUGAGAGCAAAUAUCUCAAAUAUUUUAGCGUUAAUAUUGUAUUGUGGUUCACGGAUCAGCAUGAUGCCAACAAGUGUGUGCGCUUGAACUCGGUUCGCUCUUGUGAUCCACGGGCACAGCGCGCUCACAUGCGCGUGCACCCUCCCUCCAGGCGCGAGCGCCGCGUCUGACAGCAGAGACGCGCGGAUGCCAUGAUGUCUCACAUCACAGCAGAGCAUACGGGAUGAUGACAGGGUCACGCCAGAGCCUUUCAGACAGACCAAGAACCACAAACAUUCCCGCUCCCAUUCUAGAGUGAUCCCAAGACAGAAGGAAGGGGGGAAGGAGGGAGAGAGAAAAAGGAGGAGGAGGGAGAUCUCUAAACGGGCACAACCCCUCAUCCCAAACUGCUUCAGUUCUCCUUCACUCACGUAGGAGUCAGUAUGUUUUAGGAAGAAUUUGGAAGUCAUCCGUAACACCACGAAUGGCAUGGUUGUUGGAGUUGAGCUGUAUGCUGAGUGAAAUCGAUCAUGACUGUGAUGUCAUUGCCAAAUUGCAGGUACCUUGACCUCUGAGCGUGUUUUCACGACUGCGACACUGAGCCAUGGGUAACUCAGAAAGUCAUAGCGGCAGCCAUGGUUACUAUGGAGAUGUCCAGCGCCACCUCUCCCGUAAGCACAUGUCCCGCUCACUACGUCUGUCCAGCAAGCAGACAUACUCUUCCCGCCGAACUCCAACUGGAAAACCGGAACACCGCAACUCUGAAACGAGCACACGCUCAAGCAGCACUCCCAGUAUCCCGCAGUCACUAGCCGACCAUGGCCUGGAGCCUUUCAAUGAAUCUGACAUGCUCCCAGACUUCAGCGGUCCCAUUUGGGUGGACCGUUUGGCUAUGAAUCUCAGACCAAUGUCGUUCCACAACCAUCCGGCUCAUUCGCCAGCUGCGACUCAUACCGUCACCACCAAGCAAGUCGCACAAGAAAUUGACAAACCACCCAUUGACACGACCCUCCAACGGACGCGCGACGGUGCCCAAGAGGGGGCUAGCUUUAAGAAGAAGCGCUCAAAGUCUGCAGAUAUGUGGCGAGAAGAUUCACUCGAGGUGUCUUUGUCCGACCUCAGCCAGGAGCACAUGACCAGCACGGAAGAGAUUGGAGACACGCCCAACGAUUGCGAACACCAUUUACAGUCGUCCCCUCACGGACUGGAGUUGCUGGACUCAAACCACGGCAAUUCUAUAGAUGAACUGUAUGGACCAAAGAGCUCCACCUGCAGGCCGCUGCACGGUCGCUAUGCAAAAUGGCACAAGGGCACCGCCACGAAUCGAGAAGUUGAGGUCGAUAAAAUGAUGUCACCGUGCGAGGACGAUGGCGCUGUUUUCGGUGCAUACACUCUGCCCUGUCGCCGCUCACACUGUCUGUCAGAGGGACCGACAAAUCAUCAGGGACUUAUGCAAGGGAGGCGGGCACAAACCAUACAGGAUGUCACGGCGGGAGACGCCAGUGAUUAUGAGGACAGCGGAAUCGAUGGGCUGACAGGAGACAACGAGGUGUCUCAUCAGGCUCGACGCUACAAGACCAUGUCAGCAUCUUUCUCUGCCUACUCCACGUCAGCAGGGGGCGCCUUCGCUGGGAGUGACAGUGGCAGCAGCAGUGGGGCUGGGGCGGGACCCUCAGAAGGCACACAGGGAGUCUAUGAGAACUUCCGUCAGGAGCUGGAACAGAACGUGAGUCCAGCGGAGGUACCUGAGGAGAGGAGUUCAGCAUUCAGCGAUGAGCAGAGCAGUGUCACUCUGAGCUCUGCCUACCACACCGACCCUCUGCUGAACGUGGCCGCCGUACAGGGAACCGUACGUAAAGCUGGACGCCUCAGCGUCAAAAACUUCCUGGUACACAAAAAGAAUAAGAAGGUGGAACUUGCACCUCGCCGCAAGUGGAAGAGCUACUGGGUGUCUCUCAAAGGAUGCACUCUGUUUUUCUACGAGACGGAUGGGCGGUCGGGGAUUGACCACAGCAGCAUUCCUAAACACGGCGUGUGGGCUGAGAACAGCAUCGUCCAGGCUGUCCCAGAACACCCCAAAAAAGAUUUCGUCUUCUGCCUGAGUAACUCACUCGGAGACUCAUUUCUUUUUCAGACCUGCAGUCAAACAGAGCUGGAAAACUGGAUCACGGCCAUCCACUCAGCCUGUGCCACAGCUGUCGCUCGGCAGCAUCACCGCGAAGACACGGUACGUCUUCUGCGAGCGGAGAUCCGUAAGCUUGAGCAGAAGAUCGAUAUGGAUGAGAAAAUGAAGAAAAUGGGAGACAUGCAGCUCUCUGCCGUCACAGACACCAAAAAGAGAAAGACCAUCCUGGAGCAGAUUUUCCUGUGGGAGCAGAAUUUAGAGCAGUUCCACAUGGAUCUAUUCCGGUUCCGCUGUUACCUCUCCAGCCUGCAGGGAGGCGAACUUCCUAACCCCAAACGCUUGCUGGCUUUUGCGUCCCGUCCAACCAAACUCGCCAUGGGCCGUCUGGGCAUCUUCUCGGUUUCCUCCUUCCAUGCUCUGGUGGCAGCUCGCACUGAGAGCGGUGUUAGGCGUCGGACGCAGGUGAUGUCACGGUCAACCAGCAAACGUAAGAGCCGUUUCUCCUCACUGUGGGGUCUGGACACCCACUCCAAGAGAAAGAGCAAAGGACAUCCUAGUAUUAACCAGGUUUUUGCAGAAGGUGAGGACCCUGUGAAAAGCCCAUUAGAAGGCCUGUUUGAAGGGUCUGUCAGGGAAUCAACGAAAGACUCCAAGACCCCAGUGAAAGUUCUGCCAAGACCCAGCACGGAUCAUGACAUCUGGUCCAAAGACCAUCUCACUCCAUCAUGGCUGUGCCUGCCAAACGACCAGCCUGUAUUAGCCAUCAUUCAGCCGGGAGAGUCGGCUCUGGAUAUUCUGGAAACUAUCUGCAAGGCUCAUCAGUUGGACCCCACUAAACAUUAUGUGCGACUGAAGUUUCUCAUUGACAACCAAGUGCAGUUCUACAUCCCUAAACCAGAAGAGGAUAUUUAUGAUCUGCUGUAUAAGGAGAUCGAGCUGUGCUAUAAGAUCAGGAAGGUUAUACAGUUUGAUCGUGAUGAAUCCUGCAUGAUUGGCUAUGGUUUCUCCAUCUCAGUGGUUGAGGAGGAUGGCAUUCAGCAGCUCUAUAUCACUGACGUCAGAGCUGGUGGAUUAGCGUUUGCUAAAGGUCUGAAUGCAGGAGACGAGAUUCUUCAGCUGAACAGGAAGGAUGCCAGCACUCUGACCUUUGCUGACAUGAAGGUGGCAUUCGCUCAGGUCUCUCUGUCUCUUACGGUGAACACGCUGCCCCCUGUUGACCGCCGACAGCUUUGCUUCCUGCCUCCGAGACGCUCUGAUGUUGUGGACAACCUCUAUACAGACAUAUUCUCUCAGAGUCAGGAGGAGAUUCUUGAUGAUGGCGUUGGCCUUAUCGUAGAGUCUUCAGGAGACAGUUUAGAUGACGAUUUGGAGCUCUUUGCUGAAUUUGAUGACUGCAACAGACACAGCAAACGCUCAUCUGACUCCAUUUACGACAUGCUACACCUGAGUACAGAGCAGGUCGCAGCUUUCUGUCGCAGUCUUCACGAGAUGAAUCCUUCAUCUGAGGUCGUCUCCUGUUCCUCAUCUGGACCGGAGUCUUCCUCGCUCCCUCCAAGCAAUGCCACCCCCCGCCAGCUUACCGAUGCCGACAAACUCCGCAAAGUCAUCUGCGAACUGGUGGAGACGGAACGCACCUAUGUCAAAGAUCUGAACUGUCUGAUCGGCAGAUUUUUAACUCCGCUUCAGACGGAGUCUUUCCUCACUCAAGAUGAGCUGGAUGUGCUGUUUGGAAAUCUCCCGGAGAUGCUGGAGUUUCAGGUGGAGUUUCUGAAGACACUGGAGGACGGAACCAGACUGGUGCCAGACCUGGAGAAACUGGAGCGAGUGGAACAGUUCAAGAAAAUUCUCUUCUCUCUGGGCGGUUCUUUCUUGUACUACGCCGAUCGCUUCAAGAUCUACAGUGCUUUCUGUGCCAGCCACACUAAAGUACCGAAAGUGCUGGUCAAAGCGAAGACGGACACAGCCUUCAAGGCGUUUCUGGAUGAGCGGAACCCAAAACAGCAGCAUUCAUCCACACUGGAGUCGUACCUGAUCAAACCCAUCCAGAGAGUGCUGAAGUAUCCUCUACUGCUGCGAGAACUGCACUCACUCACUGACCCCGACAGUGAGGAGCACUACCAUUUGAACGUUGCGAUGAAGGCCAUGAACACAGUUGCCAGUCACAUUAAUGAGAUGCAGAAGAUCCAUGAGGAGUUUGGAGCUGUGUUUGACCUUCUCAUUUCUGAACAGACUGGAGAGAAGAAAGAGGUUGCUGACUUGUCUAUGGGAGAUUUACUCCUCCACAGCAGUGUGACAUGGAUCAACCCAUCCUCUUCUCUAGGAAAGUGCAAGAAAGAACCACAGCUGGCCACAUUUGUGUUCAAAACCGCUGUUGUCUUCAUCUGUAAAGACUUCUCAAAACAGAAGAAGAAAAUGGGUGGCUCUCAUAGAGCAUCAGUCUCAGGUGAAGAGAAAGAUCCGUUCCGUUUCCGUCACAUGAUCCCAACUGAUGCGCUUCAAGUGCGCACCCUGUCCAACACAGAUGGAGAGAGUGCAGCCGUGUGUGAGAUCAUCCAUGUGAAGUCUGAAUCAGAGGGAAGACCAGAGAGAGUGUUUCAGCUCUGCUGCAGUUCUCCAGACAGUAAGAAAGACUUCUUAAAGACGGUUCACUCCAUACUGCGAGAUAAACAGCGUCGUCAGCUUUUGAAGACGGAGAGUCUUCCACUUAGUCAGCAGUAUGUUCCCUUUGGAGGGAAACGCCUGUGUGCUCUAAAAGGAGCUCGACCAGCCAUGAACAGAGCAGUUUCUGCACCGACUCGCACUCUGGGCCGGAGGAAACUGGUUCGAAACCGCUUCACCAUCGACACGGACAUCGUUUUCGACACAGAGCCCGACAGCGACUCGCCAGACUCCCAGCAUGCCGAGCAACAGGGCGUAGUUCCAGCAGGCGACACCGACCGCUGGGUGGAGGAACAGUUUGAUCUUCAGCGUUACGAAGAGCAGGAACACGACGUGAAAGAAACUGACAUUCUGAGUGAGGACGAUGACUUCUGUCAGUCCGCUCUCAGCCCGUCCACUGAACCGGACAUGGAGGGACCGCUCUCCACUCUCUCUCUGGAGGGGGAUACGGCCGAAGAAGAGGAGAAGGAGGAAGAGGAACAGGGAGGAGAAGAAGUUGAGGAGAACAAGAAGGACUUCAAGGACUACAAAUCAAAGCAUGCUGCCAAGUUGUCGCAUUUAGGCAAGCAGUGUGCUAUGUCCGUGACCAGUGUGGAUGAGCAGGCGGUACCUGAUGAUGUCAUCUGGGUGCGAAGGGACGACAGCAGCACAGAGAAUGAGACACAGGAAGACCCCGAGAGCUGAAGCGCAUCAGGAGUCAGACAAAAACGGUGAAAACCAGUGCUUGACGCUGCACUAGAAAUGCAUGAUGACGGCUUCUCCGCGCUAAUAUUCCUGAAUGUUAGACAACUUUUUGAAAUAGCUGUAAGAUAUCACGCUUUUCCACCAUAGACACGUAAACACAUUAGAUGAGUUCUACAUGUGUGCUGUGGCCAAUCAGAAACCUGGAAAACGUGGUGGUACAAUCAAUUGAUUUAAUCAACGUUUAGAAUUGCACAUUUAACCGCUGACAGCUUCAUACGUUUGGCCGCCAACGUCUGCCAAAAGUUUCUCUGUUUUUAUUGUUUAGUUUUUGCAUAUGAGUCCUAAAGCUGUUUAAUUACAAAAUAAGUUGUAAUAACUGGCUGUAAUUUAUUUAUUAUAUUCUUUAGAUGUAAGAAAAACAACAGCCUGAUCAAAUAUCUCACGUUUUAAUGAAUUUUUUGAACAUUGUCAUAUAUUUGUACAGAGAAGCUGUAAACACUGUUUUUUGGUUGUAUAUAUUUGCGUUUAUUUCUUUUUGACUUAUCCGAGACCGAUUUGAAAGGUUCUGUACACACCGAGCAGUAUUCUGACCUGAAUUAUAAGCUACAUGUAAAUUAAAUAUUCAUAUUACAUUGGAAGUUGAUUUAGAUGUACAAAUCACAGGUCAGAGAAAUGCCUAACGUUGUUAAACAAAAUUGGUUUAGACUUUUUUUUAUUGCUUUUUUUACAGCUUAUUCUAGGUCACUGUUUCCUGUUUUACUUGAAUUUUGUUGAUAGUCAAAAGUAUGUUUAUUUCCAUGAUUUAAAACUCCAAAUUUGCUGGAUGCAAUCAAGAGAAGCCACUGGAAAAAAUAUUUUGGAUGAAAUUAAAUUCUAAUUGAAAUUGUUCCCAUUGAGCUAUAGAGACUGCAUUAUUAUUUUGUAAAUAGAGUUGUUGAUUGAUAUUAUAUCAAAUAAAUUUGUUUCGUACAUA